UUAGAUUUAUAGUUUCUUAAAAUCAAGAAGUUAAUCUCUCGUAGCUAAAAAAACUGGUUUGUUAAAAAGUCAAACAGACCUAAGUCCUGUACGCAGGGCCCAUGCACGGUUUUGAGACGAGAGCAGCUCAGCAGCAUAGCGCCAGCCGCCGGAUUCCUGCGCAGCACGCACGGACGCCAUCGAGGAACCCUAACCAGAGCACAGCACACGGAGCGACGGCGGCGCGCCACCGGCGACUGGCGGCUGGUGCCCCCUCUCGGUCCCCACUCCCCAGCACGGCGACGGCCUGCUGCAUCAGAUGGUAAAUUAUUUUUCAGACUCAGAGUGCAAAAAAGUUGGUUCGUCCAGGGAAGAGGAAUAGAGGUUAUGCUUUUGUGUGAGCGUGUUGCUCUUCAGCGGCGGCGGCGGUGCUGGCAUUCUUGCUACCUCAGCUCUGCCAGGAAAUAAAUCGCAGCAGCGCGGAAUUUGUGUGGAGAUUCAUGUUUACGAAUGCGCAGCGCCAGGUCGAGCGCACCGGCCGUUCUGGCACUCCGCGAGACCAGUACCUUCAGGAUCUCGUGACCCAGUUCCAGAACGCCACGGAUGAAGAAUCUAAGGAGAAGAUAGUUGCUAACCUGGCAAAUUUUGCUUAUGACCCUUUUAAUUAUGCCUUCAUGCGCCAGCUGAAUGUUCUGGAGUUAUUCUUGGACUGCAUUACAGAGCCUAAUGAAAGGCUUAUCGAGUUCGGCAUUGGUGGAAUAUGUAACUCCUGUGUUGAUCCUGCAAAUGCUUUAAUCAUUACUCAGUGUGGUGGAAUCCCAUUGGUUAUACAAUGCUUAUCGAGCCCAGUGCGGAAUACUGUGACUUAUGCGCUUGGGGCUUUGUAUUACCUUUGUAACCCUUCGACAAAGAAGGAGAUCCUGAAACCAGAUGUAGUUAGUACUAUAAGAGAGUAUGCUUCAGCUGGAACUGUGAAUAACAACUUUAGCAAUCUGGCUAAUGCUUUCUUGGAGAAACAUGUUGAUCCAUGAUAUGACAAUUUUACAGGGUAGACUAAAGCUUACACAUUUCGUGUACCUGUGGUGUUUUCAUAUUCUGGAUAUGAACUAAAGAAACUAGAGCUUAGAUCUCAUGCUUUCAUUGUUUUGGGCACGAUGCUUUGCCUGGAAUUGAGCAAGGGCUCCUUUUUAGAUGAGAGUUAUGCACAGUUUUUCAGUUGGGAAGCUAAUUUGUCAUAGUUCAGUUUUUUCCCAGUUAUCUGUUGGACGAUUUGAACAUUGUAAGGCCCUGUUUGGAAACAAAGUUUUUGAAAACCACAGUUUUUAAAA